AUGGCGGACAUGUCGUCGCCGACUGGCCAGGCCCGGCCGGCGGCGCCGAUGGCGACGGCUGACCUGGAGGCCGCCAUCGCGGCGCUCCCCGUCAGGAAGCAGCGCCUGCGGGAGACCUUCGACCGCCUCGUCGCCUGCGCGCCGCCCCAUUACCAUCUCCCCUUCACCUGGGCCGACAUCGACGCCCAUGUCUCCUCCCUCCACGCCUCCCUCUCCCUCCGCUUCCGCCAGAUGCAGCAGCAGCCCCACCCCGGCGCCCCCGUGUCCGCAACCGCGAUCCACGACGCCGAGCAGCCCCACCCCUGCGUGCCCGUGCCCGUGCCCGUGCCCGCAACCGCAACCCCCGCCGACGGGCAGCCCGACCCUUGCGUCCCCGUGUCCGCAACCCACGGCGAGUCCAUCCAGGAGGACGAGGAGAUGGUUACGGAGGAUGAAGACGCCUCUCAUGUUCAAGAGGAUGGUAGAGUGGAGGACGCAGGCAUGGGCUUUGUGGGGGCGCCAUGGCGCCAGGCCGGAGGAACUCGUGAUCAAGAGUUACCGGUUCCGGCGCGGGCUCACGCCCUGGACGCCGGCAGCCCUAUGCUUCGGCAGCCAUACUCGGCGUUCGGGGCUGAAGUGCAUAGCCAGCUGAAUCUUCCUAUGCUCCAGCGACAACAACCAUACAUGCCGUACCAGCAGCAGGAGUUUCCUGCCAUGGCGGUGGCCAGGAAUACCUACAAUAUUCCUCCGAUGGUCCAGCAGCCGUACCCGUACCACAAUAUUCCUCCGAGGGUGCAGCGGCCGUACGUGCCGUACUUCAGGCAAGAAUUCUCCCCUGAUUUCAGGCAAGAAUUCUUCCCUGAUGAUGAUGUGACGAGGCAGCCCUUCAGGCAAGAAUUCUGCCCUGGUUUCAGGCAAGACUUCUUCCCUGAUGAUGAUGUGACGAGGCAGCCCUUCAGGCAAGAAUUCUCCCCUGGUUUCAGGCAAGAAUUCUUCCCUGAUGAUGAUGUGACGAGGCAGCCCUUCAGGCAAGAGUUCUUCCCUGAUGUGACGAGGCAGCCCCCGAUGGGCAUUGACCAUGUGCUCCAGGAGCAGUACAUGGCAAUGGCGCACCAUCAACCGUACUCCACACAGCAGCAGUACAUGGCGCACCACCAGCCACACUUCCCUGUUGCACAGGCUCCUAGUGCUCAUGGUCAGGGAUCAAACACUAAGCGUCGACCACCGAGCAAGACUACCGAUACGGACAACAUCAAUGUUCGUAGUAGCAAGCCAAGUAAGAAGAGCAGGAGGAAUUCCCACAAGCACCAUGGCAAACCAAAGCCAAACAAUGAGCCAUUUCAAAAGAAGACCAUAUAUGAUUAUUUUUGA